CGGGGCUUCCGCGCCUCGUCGGAGUCCGCAGCGGCCUCGGGCGCCGGGCUUUCCUCACCUUCCUUCCUUCCUUCCUUGAAGAGAUCUCCCAGGGAAAGACGGAGUUGCUGCACAGCGUCUUUGGGUUCCUGUAACCCCCCUACUCUUGUAUUGUGCAUCUUCAUAAGAAAAUUUUUGGGAAAUUACCAAAUGGAGCUAUGGACCCUUUUAACAAAAUUAAGGUCCUACUGAAAAAAUGGGAGACUACUUUUUUUCAGGAGCACCAGAGGAAGCCCAGCAAGGCAGAUGUUCUGGAUGCUCCUGAAAAAAUAAAAAAUCUAUACAAAGAGUACAAGGCUCUAAAGGAAUCCAAGGGGCAUCUUGUAUCUGUCAUGACCUGCCAGGAAGAAAAUCAGGAACCUCCAGCAUCGGAAAAGAUACCUGAUUUUGAUUCCUGGGGAACGCACCUGAAUCGAGGCCAGAAGAUUCCUAAACUGACCCAGCAGGAUCCGGAGGCACUUCAGGCUUCUGCACAGCAUUUUGGGAUGAAGCUGAAAUGCAACUUAGGUGCAAGAAUUAAGGAGUGUCCUAUGACUUUAAGGAGAUCCCUCACUCCCAAAAGGAAACCAGUUAAAUUAGCGCAGAAGGAUGAACCUCAAAUUGUGAACAUUGUGCCUUUCCCAUCACCAGAAGUUCAUUUGUUAAAAACUGACCCAAAUAAUUUGCCUGAUUCUAAUGCCAAGGAACGUGCAGCUCUUCUUCCUUCUUCAUUUCCAGAUCUGACUGGAACUCAGUUCCUCUCUCCUGAUCCAAAAUCAAGAGUGUCACCACCAGAUCGGUUUCAGUGGCAAAAGCAGACAGUAACAAAACGACUGAGCAGUUUAGAUGCUGGGUGGCUAGACAGGUGUCAAGGGACAAAAUUGGAGACUAGGGAGGAGCUAAUCAGAGACCACAGUUUGGUCCCAGUUAAUGGAGCAGAGCCAUACCAGGGAUUGCCAGAAUGCAUUUCUUUCCAAACACUGACUCCAUUUUUCCAAGCUGAGAAAAGAAAAUGGGAGAAAGAUUGUAAAUCUCCCCAGGGAAAUUGUCACCAGGACACGUUAGAGAAGCAGCCCCUGGCCCAAAGUCCUAAAGGCCUCAGUACAUUGAGCCUACCGGAUAAUCAAACUGCAGGAAAGGCAUCAGACACAGAAGGGAUAAGUGUUACAUUCAGUGAAACCAAUGCUGACGCUUCCACCACCAAGCAGAUUCAGGGCCUGGAGACUGGCAGAAAAGAUGGCAGCCAGAAAACGGAGGAGUCUCUUCUGCAAGGAGGUUCGUCAGGGCUGAGGGGUGCUUUGGGGGAUGUGGAGGGUGGGCAGCUUCCCCCUGCCAAGAAAGGGAAAGUGUCUUGCAAGAAGAGGCGUCUGGAUGCUGCAGUUGGUGGUGAUGUUGCUCUGGGCAUUUCUGAACGUGAUGGCAUUUGUACAAAGCACCCAAGGACUACAGAGCUAGUUGAGGACUGCCCUGUCAAAAAACUGUGCCACGUCAGUCAAAAGCCAGGGAUGGAUGAAUAUGACUUUGAUCAGGACACUGUCAAAGUGCAAGAGGAAAAGAAAAUGGUGGUUCCCUUUUCUUCUGAAAAUGUACUUGGAGACCUCAAUGAGGAAGAGUGUCCUAAGUGGAGUGGGAAGUCGAGCAUUCCAAGCUGCAGGUUGCCACCAAAGAAGUGUGGCAAUUUUGUCCGUCUCAAUAUGAAGAGAAAAUCCCACGUAAAGAGUUACACCUUGAAAGGAAAACAGCUUCGCAAGCAGGUGUGGAAGCAGAAGUGGCAGAAAAAAGGGCAGCAGUUUGGCGGAGGUGGCAGGCUCGUGGACCGAAGUUCUGAUGCUUGCUUCAAAUGUGGGGGACGUGGUCACUGGUCUUCGCAGUGCCAAGGUGAAGGUCAUCUCUCUGCCACUGACACCCAGCUGGAGGAAGACAGCUGUGCUGCUGAAGAGGAACUACCUUUGUUAACCCUGGAGGAAGUGGCUCAGAUGACAAACACAACCUACACAAUAAUUUCAGCAAAGAGUGAGAGCAGUCAAGAAACCCUGAAGCAGGGUGCUCAGGAAGGAGGUUACCUGCAAAUAGCAAGGCCUGCCUAUGAAACAUUCAUUCCACCUGCACCAACAGAGCCUUUUUAUGAAUUGGGGCCAGAUAAGAAGGUGAGAGAUACGCCUCCCGAAGUGUUCCGAGCGCUGGCUGAGCUGGGCUAUACUUCCUUCCGGCCAGGACAGGAAACAGCAGUGAUGAGGAUACUCUCAGGGCUCUCCGCCUUGGUGGUCUUGUCAACGGGAAUGGGAAAGUCUCUCUGCUACCAGCUGCCUGCAUAUCUGUACAGCAAACGGGCCCCCUGUAUCACUUUGGUGAUCUCUCCCUUGGUGUCACUGAUGGAUGACCAAGUCUCUGGCCUUCCUCAGCGCCUGAAAGCAGUUUGCAUCCACUCCAACAUGUCAAAGGCUCAGAGGGAGGCUGCGAUGGAGCGGGUAAAGGCCGGGAAAGUCCAGGUGCUCCUGCUCUCCCCCGAGGCCCUGGUUGGGGGGGGGCUCUCAAGUGCCAGCUGCCUCCCUCCUGCAGAUCAGCUCCCCCCUGUGGCUUUUGCCUGCAUCGAUGAAGUGCACUGUCUGUCCGAGUGGUCUCAUAACUUCCGCCCUUGCUACCUCCGGCUCUGUAAGGUUCUUCGGGAACGCUUGGGUGUGCGGUGUUUGUUAGGCCUCACGGCAACUGCCACCGUUUCGACGGCACAGGAUGUGGCCCAUCACCUGGGCAUCCCAGAGGGCGAGGGGCUGGCUGUGCGUUCUCUUGCAGUUCCUCCAAACUUGUGUCUCUCUGUCUCUACAGACAGAGACAAGGAUCAAGCUCUUGUAAGUUUGCUGCAAGGGGAGAGGUUUGGAAGCCUGGACUCAAUCAUUGUGUAUUGCACGCGCCGGGAAGAGACAACACGGAUUGCAGCGUUCCUCCGCACGUGUUUCCAGGGGGUGAAGCUAAGAACCCCACCCCGUGAAGAGACAGAGGAAGAGGACCAUCUCCCUGGAAAAAGGAAGAAAGCCAAAGCUAAAAAAAACAUCCGCCACCCUCUGAAAUGGAUUGCCGAUGCCUACCAUGCCGGCCUGUCUGCCCCUGAACGCCGCCGCGUGCAGAACAGCUUCAUGUCCGGACAGCUGCGAGUUGUAGUGGCCACAGUGGCCUUUGGUAUGGGUUUGGACAAGUCAGAUGUGCGCGGGGUUGUGCAUUAUAACAUGCCCAAGAACUUCGAAAGCUACGUGCAGGAGAUUGGGCGGGCAGGACGGGAUGGCAGACCAGCCCAGUGUCAUCUCUUCCUGAAUCCAGAGGGUGAAGAUUUGCAUGAAUUAAGGCGGCACAUUUAUGCAGACACGGUUGACUUCUUCACCAUAAAAAGGCUCGUGCAGAUGGUUUUCUCACGCUGCAGAUGCCAAGAGCUUCAUCAGGAGCAGCAGGAACUCAACAAGGGCUGUGAAGUGGAGGAUGCGGAGAUGCUGACUGCCCAAGAAGGAAGUUCAGAAAAGCCACUUGACCCAGAAAAUGGACAGUCGCGAUUAUGUUAUAAACAUGAGAGAGCUGUCCCUAUUCAACAGACUGUGGAAGCUCUGGACAUCCGAGAAGAAGGUAUAGAGACACUUCUGUGUUACCUGGAACUGCACCCCUGUCACUGGAUAGAGCUGCUGCAGCCUGCCUUUUCCUGUUGCCGGGUUUCAUGCUACGGAGGUCCUCAGCAGCUGCGGGCGGUUUCUCGAAGGUGCCCUCCCCUUGCAGUUUGCUUGGCCCAGCAGCGUCUAAAAGGGAUCCAGGCCAGCCAGGCCAGCUCUGUGGAGUUCGACAUCAUUGAGCUGGCAGAUUCUAUGGGCUGGGAGGCCCUGCCUGUUAAACGAGCUCUGCAACAGCUGCAGUGGAACCCUCAGUGGCAAAACGGUUCCCAAGUGUCUAGGAAGAGUAAGAUCCUGGUGGAGUUCAAGGAGCUCUCCUUUCAUCUGCGCUCCUACGGGGACCUCAGUGAUGAUGAGUUGGAUGCAGUGUGUAACUUCCUGCACCAGCGAGUGAUGGAUCGUGAAAAGGCAGCCCUCCACCAGCUCCAAGUGUGCUUCCAGGCUUUUCAGAGCGUGGCUUUCCCUACUUACGACUCAUGCUGUGACCAUGCAAACAAGGAGAGGAGCACCCAGCUGAAGUGCCUGCUGAUGGCUUACUUUGAGAAGCAGACAGUGCUGGAUGAAACAUCCCUGGGUGGAGAGCACGAGGCUGAUCACCUCCAGGAGGUUCAAUUCCAGGAAUGGGAACAGCAAAUCCGAGCUGACAUACGCCACUUCCUCUCCAUCCGCCAAGAUGAAAAGUUCUCUGGGAGGGCUUUGGCCAGGAUUUUCCAUGGCAUUGGGAGUCCGUGCUACCCAGCUCAGAUUUAUGGCAGAGACCGUCGUUUCUGGAGAAAGUACCUUCGCUUGGACUUCCAUAAGAUUAUGCGCUUGGCUACGGAGGAGAUCAUCCGUUGGAAGUGAACUGAGCUGGG